CCAGAGCCAGCGGCUGGAGGAGCAGCGCAGCGACCCCCCCAUCCCGCUGGGGGCCCAGGAGCUCUUCGACCUGCUGCUGCGGGUGCAGGGGGGACGCAUGGAGGAGCAGCGCUCGGAGCCCCCCACUGCCCUGCUGCCCCACCCCUGCUGAGGCCCCCCCCCGAUGGGCAGGGGAAGGGGGGGCCGAGACCAGGCCCAGCUUGCUGCAGGAAUAGGGGAGACAGCAGCUGAAACUGGGGGCAGGGGCCCGUUCCGACCCCACCCUGCUGACAGCUGAGAAGGGACACAACUCGCUGCAGAAAUGGGGGUCCCCCCCAGAAAGCCCUGACUGAUGCCGCUGGCUGAGAUGGGCCCCAACUUGCUGCAGGAAUUGAGGGGGGCCUGAAGAGCUCAGCUGAGAACAGAGGGCUCGGUGCAUGGAAGGGGGACCCCAGCCACGUCCCCCCCACCCAGAGCAACGACCAGGGUCUGAGACCAGGCUGAACUCGCUGCAGGAAUGGGGAACCCCCGCACCCCGCUGCGCUGGGGCAUCCAGGCUGAGACCAGACACAACUCAUGACGCCCCCGGUGGGUCUGGAGUGGGGAAAGACCAAAGAUUGGGGGUCCUGCCCCCAACAGAGCCACCCCGGGUGGGGGAUGGGGGCCAGAGACUCUGUGUUUUGAGCCUAAUUCCUGAUGUAUGUGAAAAAGUAAAAAAGCUGCAGGGGCAAA